AUGGCCUUGAAUCCCAAGGACCCCAACAGUGGGUUUCGGUACUGGAAGGUGUUAAUGUUCAUCAAUGAGCAAAUGGGCAAACACCCGAAAGGCCCAGAGUUCUACCUUGAGAACCUGACCCAGUCCUGGGAGGAGGUGGAAGACAAGUUCAGGUUCCUCCUGCAGGACAGCGAAGUCCCUAGAGAGGUUCAGGAAGCCUGCGCCUGGAGCAGCCUGGCCCUGGGCAUGCGCUUUGCAUGCAUGCAGGGCCAUUUGCAAGCACGCAGGGUGCAGUGGCUGUGUGACUUCGCCAGCAAGCACAGGUCAGCUGCACAUGCCUUGGUAUCAGACCUGAAGCAGCUCAUCCAGCAGCAAGAGAUAGAGCGCAAAGAGACGGCCUCCCAACUUAGGCUGACCCAGGCCAAAUUGGCGGAGGUGCAGAGAGAGCGGGACCUACUGAGAUUAAAACUGCUACACAUGGAGCUGAGGGCCACUCCAGAGGUGCCAGUUACGGCUGGUGCUGAUGCCGGAGGGGCAGGGACACCAACACUACAAAAGAGUGAGAAGGAGGAUGCAGCAGCUCCUGCUGUAGCAGAGUAUGAAAUGAAAAAGGAAAUGGAUGCAGACAUAGAGGCGGCUGGCCCUGUGGCAUCCACAAUGAAGCUGAAAGGAAGUACCUGGCAGCCUCUUGGACAUAGGGCCUGGAAAAAUCUGCCCUGGGGGUUGCAGAGUAAGCGGAAAGUCAGAUCGGUUGAAACAUCAGUGUGUUCUUUCUCAGGGACCUUUGCUUUUGAGUCUGCAGCUUCCCCUGAAUCUGUUAAUGUCCAACUCCCUGCCCCAUUCACAUACCCUUACGAAAGCUCCUUCCCAUUCACCCCCACCUCAUCCCCACCAUUAAGCACAGUCACAGAGCCUCAGAUGCCUCCUUAUUUCAUGGCCAGUGAUAUGAAUCUGGAUGGCAUGGAGGGCCCCAUGGUAGUCCUUGAAGGACCCCAGAAAGAAAGAGAGUUCAGAUUCCUGAAGCAGAGAAAAUCAUUUCGCAGGCACAAGGACUGGGAUUGCCCUUGGUGCAAAUCUGUGAAUUUUUCAUGGAGGAAAAAUUGCUUCUGCUGUGGGAGGACGAUCUGGCUGCAAGGCCCUUAG